AAGAAAAGAAGCCCUAGAAGCUAGAAGGCUAGAAGCUUCCACUGCCGUCUGGAACUUCUCAAUCCCAUUGACACCAUCUUUUAAAGCACAUCCAACCUCUCUUGGCCUCUAUUCUGAAAUUAGAAAGAAAGAAAAAUAAGAAUGGCUAAGCGUCUAAUUCCAACCCUCAACCGUGUCCUGGUCGAGAAAAUCCUCCCGCCCACCAAAACCACCGCCGGUAUUCUUCUCCCGGAGAAAGCCUCCAAGUUGAACUCGGGGAAAGUGGUUGCUGUGGGUCCGGGAGCACGCGAUAGAGCCGGGAAUUUGAUACCUGUGUCUGUGAAGGAGGGUGAGACUGUUCUUUUGCCUGAGUUUGGGGGUACCCAAGUUAAGCUUGGUGAAAAAGAAUUCCAUUUGUUCAGGGAUGAGGAUAUCUUGGGCACUCUUCAUGACUGACUGAUUUUUGCCAUCCAAUGGGGUUUUUCUUUGGAAGGUGGGUCUGGGAGGUGUUUGGUUUUCUUGAAUGUAACUGAUCAGUGACUGGAGUUAUCUCAUUGAUGUUAGUUUGGUUUGGAAACA